UGGAGUUUCAUACACUUUUUCAUCAAAAUAUUAAAACAGUAAUUAUUAAAAUAUUAUUACAGGAUUAUAAAAUAAUAGAAAAUUAUUGUUUUCGAUUUAUAAAAUAAAUUGUUCGACACGAGAAAUAGCAAAUGUAAAAUAAGAGGAAAAAUUGUGCCACAAAAGAAUAAAUAAAUAUGUCGUGGAUAAAGGAACCAGGAGAACAGGUGAAACUUAUUAGAAAAAAAUUAACUGAUUUACAGGAUAAAUUGGACAAAAAGAAUAAUCCAGACGUAAAAUUGAAACAUUUAGAGGAGAUAAAUGCAGUGAAAAAUAUAUUCAGCGACGAUAGUUGCGAGGAAUUCACCGAUGGCCAUUUGGAUAUUGAAUUAAUUUUCAAAAUCGAUCCAAUUCUACCAGCAAAACAAUUACAAGUCUGGUAUAUUUAUGAGAAUAAAAAAAAUCCAAAGACACCAAUUGAUUUUGACAGUGGAUUUUUCGAAUAUUUACCGCCAAUUAAAUUCUAUCUAAAAUUCCCAUCGACAUAUCCAAUGAUAAAUCCACCGGAAUUCACUAUCGACAUCUAUUGGUUAACACCAUGGGAAUUAUCGCGAAUUUCAUCGAAACUCGAUCAAUUGUGGCAAAAAAAUUGGGGCACCGAAAUCAUUUACAUAUGGAUUGAUUUUCUCAAAAAUCAUCUCUUCAGUUAUCUUGAGAUUUACGAUAAAAUUGACAUUACAUUUCAAUUCUCCUACUUUAAGGACAAUGAUGAUGAUGAUGAACAAUUGAAUGAGAUGAUAAAACAUUUACGCGAUCCACGCGUUGUCAAGCCAAUAAAACGUAAUCCAUUGGAUUAUUUUCAAAGGGAGAAUAAAAUGAGAUGUAAAAAGCAAUUCACGCGAGUAAUGCAUUUUUGUGAAAUUUGCCUUGAACAAAAUAAUGGACAGCAUUGUAUUGAAGUGAAUAAAUGUCGACACGUAUUUUGUCGUCAAUGCCUUGGCGAGUAUUUUAAUUCACGCAUUAGCGAUGGUAAUGUUACGAGAAUAUUGUGUCCGAAAAUUGAUUGCACAAUGGAAAUUGAUUACGAUGAGAUCAAACAAUUGUGCAAUGCGAAGCAAUUUCAAAAGUAUGAACAAUUAUUGUUGAAAAGGACGAUUGAUCUUAUGGAGGAUACUGUUCAAUGUGCGAGGAAAUAUUGCGGAUAUCCGGUAAUAAGGGAAAAUUUAAAUGAUAAUUUAGCUACUUGCGCACAGUGCGAGUACAGUUUUUGUGUUUUCUGUCGAAAGGUGUAUCACGGCGUUUCACCCUGUGAAAUGACAAAUCAAGAUAAGGAAAAAUUAAUUGCCGACUAUCAGCAUGCAUCGAACAGUGAGAAAAAGAAUCUGGAAUUACGUCACGGCAAAAAGCAAAUUGAAUUAAUAGUCGAGCAAUCGUUGACAAAUAAUUAUUUAAAGGAAAAUUCGAAAAUUUGUCCCAAUUGUUUAACAUUCACAACAAGAGUCGAUGGCUGCAAUAAAAUGACGUGCAGUUAUUGUAAGAAAAUGUUUUGCUGGCUGUGCGGAAAAUUGAUAAAUUCAAAAAAUCCCUACGAGCAUUUUUCAAAAAAGAAAAAUGGUUCUACAGGUUGCGCUGGUCGUUUAUUUGAUGGACUACUGCCAAGUACAGAUUUUUUGAAUGAUCUCGAGAUAGAGAGAAAUAUGGAAGUUUUUCGAAUUUAGAAAGAAGAGAAGAGAAGGAGUAUGGUAAAAAAAAACAAAUUUGGUUUAUUUUUCGAAAAUAUUAAUAUAUUGUUUAGUUAUUUGUUUUCUUUGAGAAGAAAUAGUAAAAGUUUUUUUUUUGUUUUGAAAAAAAAGAACUUUUUCUAUCGAAAGAAGCAAAAAGAAAAGAGAAAAAACUCUUUUUCGCAAAAAAUAUUUUUGCUGUUAGGUUGUGUUUCUCAUUCGAGUUUUGAAAUGAAAGAAAGUUUAUUUUUUUUUGUGUUUUAAAUACAAAACUGUUAGAUAGCGAAUUUAUUUUUAUAUUUAAACGAAACUUGAAUGAUUUUGUUAGAAAUGAAAAAUUUUAUUUGAAAAAUUCUUUGCUAGGAGUAAGUUUUUUUUUACGAAUAUUAUUGUUUUUUUUCUCGUUGUCCAAAGAAAAAUGCACUUUUGAUCUUCGACAGGAAAAAUUGUACAGAAUUUUUUUUCUUUGAUAUUUUAUCUCCUGAGAUUAAGAGAA